UUGUACACACAGCUUCCUGAUCUUCGCACACCAGCCUGUGUCUGUACAACAGGUGUGGUUUAAUCCAUGCCUGUAUUCUCCUAGGAAACAUGUCGUUCCUGACCCUGCUGGCUAUAACAGCAUGCUUUAUGCAUGCAGGAUUCGCCUUAAAAAUUGCGUCUUUCAACAUCCAAAGAUUUGAUAUUUCUAAGGUUAAUAACUCUGAAGUUCUCAACAUCAUCAUUGAGAUUUUGAGGAGAUAUGACCUUAUAUCUGUGCAAGAGGUGAUGAGUUCAGAUGACACAGCCAUUAUCGCCCUUGUGCAGGAACUCAACUUCGCCACUGGCUUACAUUAUAAUGUGCUGACUUCUGACCAUCUGGGGCGUAGUUCUUAUCGGGAGAAGUAUGCAUAUAUAUUCCGGGAAGAUAUCCUGAAGCCCACGGAGUGGUACCACUAUGAUGAUGAUUGUGAAAACUGUGGCACAGACACGUUCAUUAGGGAACCAUUUGUGGCACACUUUUCUUCUCUUACAACAGAGGUGAAGGAUUUUGCAUUGGUUUCUAUUCACACCAGUCCGGAUUAUGCUGUACGGGAGGUGGAUGCGCUUUAUGACGUGUGGGAAGAUGCCAAGCAACGCUUGCUUACUGAGAACAUCCUGAUUCUGGGGGAUUACAACGCUGACUGCUCCUAUGUGAAAGCCAGCCAUUGGCCGAGCAUCCGCCUGCGUAACGCUUGUGGCCUUGUGUGGCUUAUUGGUGAUGAUGAGGAUACCACGGUGAGCACAAACACUCACUGCGCUUAUGACAGGUUUGUUGCAAGUGGCGAAGAACUGCAGAGGGCAGUAAUACCCGGCACUGCCAAGGCGUUCAACUACCAGCUGGAAUAUGGUCUCUCCUAUGACAAGACAAAAGCGGUAUCUGAUCAUUACCCUGUGGAGCUGGAGCUGUCUGCUGACCCUUUCUACAACGGUCAGCGUUUUGAGAUCAGUACUCGUCUUGGGAUAAGUGGAGGCAUUUCCCUUAAUGGUGACUGCAACUGUGCUGGAGUAAAUUUCUCAUCCUGCCUGGGGCGCUGCGGAGCGUAUUCCAAGAGCUUCCCCUGUCACUGUAACGCAGCCUGUGGUCAAUAUGAUAGCUGUUGUGAUGACUAUGCAUCCUACUGUGUUGUCAAGAUGUCAAGAGGUCAAUACUAUCCAAAUAAAUUCCAAACCAAUGUAUGAAGAACUGACCUUGAUUCAUGCCCACCCCAUAAUACAACAAUCUAUAUGUUUGUCACAUUUUCUCACUCCCCUGAAUCUUUCUAUCUCCUGCAGAUAUGACAAUAUCAGCUUUGGGCCUUGUUAUGCACACAGGGCAGGUGUAUCUGUGGUGUGAUGGUGAAAACACAAAGAUCCAGGCCCUGUUAUGCAGAACACAGAGAGCCUGCCCUACUAGAUAUAGACCUGCCCAAGUUAGUCACUUGCAGGACCCUGCAUUGGCCCUGAUUGGCACACAAUUUAUAGUGUAUGGAUGGAGACAAUUCUCUUUUCCUUCAGUGUAUCCCAAGUGAUCAGACAUGUUUAUAAUGGUAAAUAAACAGUUGGCAUAAAA